GAACUUUUGACGCGCUUGCGUUUCGCCUGGAUCCUGUUUACGUAGGACGAGACGUCGCGACGUUUCAGUUCCAGACCAGACGCCGACGCUCUACGUCCGACCCCUUCAGCGGUCCUGUGCACGUAAUUUAGCCGCUUUCCGGCCGUAGCCGUUUGUUGUUGUCAAUUCUGUGUGGAUCUGUCGUUAGAUUUUUGCUGUUGACAAUUUGAUGUUUUUUGCUUGUUGUUUCUUGUGCUGUUGAAAUUGUGAACCAGGAUUUUAUAUAAGGCCCGUGAAGGAAUGAAAUCCAACACUGCCACGCCCUUCGCUUUUUACCCGCAUAACAGAUAAAUCCACCCAAAUUAAUAAACGAUUUAAUAUUAUAUAAACUUUAAAAUACCAAUAUUGAUAAUAUCUAUUUAAAUAUAAAACUAGUCCAUUCGUCGCACGAACCGAACCCGAACCAUAUCAAUACCAGAACAAACAAAACAAUUUAAACCAACAAUAACGAAUGUUUAAAUAAACAGUGAUUGAUAAAAUGAUUGCUGGUAAUUCGUUGAACAAACAUCCAAAAUACGCGCACGAAACAGAGUAACACAAAUCAAAAAUUUGUUGGGCGGGAAUUAAUCGGAAAAUGCAGAGACCGGCGGCCAGGAACGCGGCAUCGACAUCGAACGAAAACCCCCUGGGUCCGAUGGAGAACACGCUGAGCUGCCUGUGGAUAGCCACCCCGGUCGCAGCCACCGUAUCCAUCGUCGUUGUGCUGGUGGCUAUGGUCACCAACCAGUGGUUGCACACCGAGGAAAAGAUGCACAAUCCGUCGUACAAUGGCACCGGCGACAAGGAUUACCUCGCCAAGAUGACCGUCUCCGGAUUGUGGAUGAUCUGCUUCACAAACCCGGGAGAUACAAUAUUUGAAUGCAACAAAGUGGAUUAUUUCUCAAAAGAAGAAUACAGUCCAGAUCCAAAUGAUUCAACAAUGGCAAUUCCAUAUACGGUGACGAAGACGGUAAUGUUCUUUGUAAUUGCCAGCCUAUUGUUGGUCUCUGGAUUCUGCUGCUGCGUUUUGGGACAGUGUGUUCGACAUAGGACACUUUACACUUUUGUAUCCGGAGUAAUUUUUAUAAUCACAGGUCUUGUGAUGCUAUUUGGCCUUAUUAUGUAUAUAUCGAUAUUUAAGUCGGAAAUAGGCAGCAAACUAAGACCAAGAUCACAACUGGAACCACCAGCCUUCGUAUAUUCAUAUGGCUACUCAUUUUUACUAUACGUGUUGGGCUUAAUAGCGACCCAGGCAACAGGAAUGUGCGCCAUAUUCCUGUUCAUAAGGAAAACUCAGUACGACUGGAACAGAAAGCAAUUGGACGAAGCGAAGAAGGGUAAACGACCGCCUCCUCCAGCAGUAAACUACAACCAUUACGAUGCAUCAAUGUAUUAUCCUUGUCGAAGACACCCUCAAGCUUACAUAAAUUCUAACAGCGCGAUUCACUUCCCUAGAAGUCCCAUGCAGAAACGGUACUACUUCAGUAAAGAGCCCAUGGAAGAAUCACCGUGUAGCAUCCACAGAACAAUGAGAUCCCCUGCUAAAGAUUCAACAUACUAUGACUUUCCUCCGCCACCCACCAUCAGCUAUCAGUUCGAUGAGCACUUCAACCGCGAAUAUUUGAGAAACCUACCCAGAGAUAUAACGACAAACACCGUUUCGACAACGGCGGACGUGAAUUGUGACGAGUUUUUAAGUGAACCCUUCGACGAUUACUCACCCGGUGUGCAACACGAACACGAAUUUGUUACUUUCGAUCUUGAUCAGCCCAUACCGAUACGCGCCCAAAGUAUCGUCUCCAUCAACUCCAGAAAUGGCACCCUACGUAAAUCCUUCGACACGGACACUUUAAGAAGGACUACCCCGGUGUGAGUGCCGUUACCACGUUAAAACUAUAUCAAUAUCGUCUAAAAUUUUGGUGCCAAAUGAUUCCCGAACAUAUUAAUUGUUUAAAAUAUUUGAACGAUUUGUUGAAAAGUGUUGACGUUCACGUGAAAAAUGUUAUACUACGGAAAAAUGCAAUUAUAUCAUAGGAAUAUUGUAAAAUAAAUUUAUUAUCUCCACACAAUGGUCCUUUU